AUGAGCUCUCAGAUCCGUCAGAAUUAUUCCGCUGAAGCGGAGGCCGGCGUCAACCGUCUGGUUAAUCUGCAUCUGCGGGCCUCUUACACCUACCUCUCUUUGGGCUUCUAUUUUGAUCGCGAUGAUGUGGCUUUGGAAGGUGUGGGACACUUCUUCCGUGAGUUGGCGAAGGAGAAGCGUGAGGGUGCUGAGCGUCUCUUGAAACUGCAAAACCAGCGUGGUGGUCGCGCACUCUUCCAGGACGUGCAGAAGCCCUCCCAAGAUGAGUGGGGAAGAACCCUGGACGCCAUGGAAGCCGCCCUGGCCAUGGAGAAGAACCUGAACCAGUCUCUUCUGGAUCUGCACGCUGUGGGUGCUACCCACACAGACCCCCACCUUUGUGACUUUCUGGAGACUCAUUUCCUCGAUGAGGAAGUGAAGAUUAUCAAGAAGAUGGGCGACCACUUGACCAACCUCCAUCGGGUGGCUGGUCCCCAGGCAGGGCUGGGCGAAUACCUCUUCGAGAGGCUCACUCUCAAGCACGACUAA